AUGCCAAACGAAGAAAAACCUCAAGAUUUUGAAUUAAUAGAGUUGUUGAUUAAAGAAGCAAGUUCAGUUACAGAUGCUAGUGUUAUUAAUACUCCAACUCAACAAAGUGAUGAGUUUAGGUCUUUCAAAGCAAGGUUUCAAUCAUAUAUAGAUCAGAUUCCAUCAUAUUUACAUUCAGUAGGUAAAGAAGGAUUUUUCCCACAUUUCUUUUUAGGAAGCUUUUCCACCUUGAUAGAUACAGAAAUUGCGAAAAAGCUGGAUAUUGAAAAAAUAUAUUUUAGGUUUGAUGGUUCGAAAACUCUGAAGGUUGCUGUUCUAAAAAAAGGAGAAAUCAAAAGUUCACAAGAUGCUACUGAUAAAGUGAACCUUUUUGUUAUCACAGAUUAUGGUAGUAAAAAUAAGGAUUUUGGUCAUGGUGAUCUAGAAGAAAUAUUAAAUCAAGUUAGUGCUCCGGGAAAGACUCAGUAUAUCAGUAAUGCUAAGGAUGAGCUUGAGGUUAAGUUAGUGAAAAUUUCUAAAGAUGCUGACGGUCAAAUAGUUGUAGAAGUAAAAAAUAAAAAAUUGGAUAAGAAUAAUACACGCUUUCAAUUUACAGAGAUAAAGAAAGGAUUAUGGAGAAAUCCAGAAAGUGAUAUAGCUAAGCUCACUAAUUAUGAUGCAAAAGAUGUAAAAGCACAUAUCGGAAAAAUUCUUACAAGAGUUA